CCCCCUCAUAGCCAAAAUGGCUCUGCAAUGAUCCCUCUCACGUCCCAUCUCUCCUCUCCCCUAUUUUUUCCCUUCUUCUUCUUCUUCUUCUUCUUCUUCCAUCGAAUCAGUUAUCCGGCGGCCGUUCGUUUCUCUCCGCCGCCGACUUUGAACUGAUUUUCCUCGAGUGCCUUGUAUUGCUGAUUGGAUCGAUCUUCGCCGGAGGUAACAUCAAUCGGUACUUGUGUUUUUGAAGCUAGAGAGUUGGUGAAUUAGCUGAAUUCGACGAGAGUUGAGACGAGAUGCUAGAUCUUAACCUCAAUGUCGUCUCGGCCGAGUCCACUCAGGACUCUGACUCGGGAGCGGGCUUUGCCAGUAAGCUUGCGGAAGGUUCUGGGAACCAAAUGGACGAAUCCGGAACGUCAAAUUCCUCAAUCGUCAACGACGACGAGGAGUCUUCCUCAGCACGCGCCUGUGGUGACGCCUCCACUUUCUUUUUCGAUGUACUGAAGAUUGGGAGUGGUGGUGAGAACAGCGAUGCCGUGGUGACGAGAGAGCUCUUCCCGGUGGGCGGAGUUGGAGGCGAUUUUAUGGUUUCCGAGGGGCAGAGCUCCGGAAACAAGCGGAUCGAUCUGUCGUUCGAGAAAAAGGAAACCAGCGAGGUGCGGGCGAUGCAUCAACUAGCACAGCAACAGCAGCAGGUUAAGAAAAGCAGGCGAGGGCCCAGGUCAAGGAGCUCGCAGUAUAGAGGAGUUACUUUCUAUAGGAGGACUGGGAGAUGGGAAUCGCAUAUAUGGUGAGUGUUUAUCUUUGAAUUUUCCGAUUAUUUUUUUACCGGUUGUAGAAUUUUGAAUGGGAGUCCGGAUUCAAUAGUUGAAUUUCUUGGGUCUAUACGGUUGGACUGAAUUUUAUUAGGUUUUUAUGGGUGUGUAAUAUAUUGAUUUGAUUUAA